AUAUAGAAAUUUGUGAUGCCCGACACUAAAAAUAUCUUAACUAUGAAAUAUGCCGAAGCGCUACGAUCUGUCAUUUGUUUAUCUAAAAUGGGUGAAGUGUCAGAUGCUGUAAAGAAGUGCUGUAAUAUUUUAAAAAAUUCAUCAAGUGAUACCGAAAAAUUUGCUGCUUUAUUUAUGGUUACAAAAUUAGUAAAAGGAAAACACGCGACACCAAAUGCCAAGAAAGCAAUUUUUGAGUCUAUUGGAUUUGACUUCUUACGAAGGCUUUUACUUACCACUGAUGUACCUGUUGAUUGUCCCCCUUCUAUUUACAAGUCAGUUGCUUUGUCAAUAAUAACAGUAUUUUGCAAUGAAGAAGAGUUAGCUACGAAAAAAGAAAUGUUAGACUUUGUUCCAGCAUUUCUCGAUAUAGUAAAAGCAGCCGAUGAUGUUGAAAAUGAUGAUAGUCUUAUGGCAAUAGGAGAGGCUUACAAUUGUAUUAAAGGUAUAGCAUCCUAUGAACCAGGUCAGAAAAAACUAAUUGAAGCUAAUGCUGUUGAUAAACUUGGUGAAAUAUAUUCACAAGGCAGUUUUCAGUCCGAUGAAGCACUAAACAUUAUGGCAGUUCUAAUAGCAAAAGAUCCAACAUCCUGGAAUAACAAAGAUCCAAAAGCUUAUCAUGCAUUAUUAAAUAAAAUUGCAGUUGACUUUGAAACAGAUCAAGAUAAAAGAAAAUUUGAAAUUUGUGAAGUGCUUCAUGCUUUAGUGUAUAAUUGUCCUAAAACUAAUAUUUCUGAUUUUGCUUCCACUGAAACAUGGCCUCAAAGUAUUUAUAAAGGUUUAUGUGAUAUUCUACAGAGUAAGAUAACAGCUGCUCAGAGAAAUCCAGCAUUAUUUCUUAUGUCUAGUGUACUACAUUUAUUAGGAAUUGAGUGGCUCUUUUCUGAUGAAGAAAAAGGUAAACAAAUGUUUCUUUUACUUAUUCAGUUGGCUUCGAUAGAGGUUAGAAUGCAGUUAGAAGGCAAAAAUCUUAAAUCUUUAUCACCUCACCAUAACCUUAUUACAGCCUGUUACUUAAUAUUAGAAGUAUCAAUAAAUUUUAUAACUGAUGAUCAAAUUGAUCUUGAACAAAAAGAAAAACAGACAUUAUAUACCAGUUUGAAGGGAGCAUUUACAGUUGUUGUCACAUUAUUGUUAAAAAUCCAAGCCGACAAAUCAAAACCAUCAGGUGAAGAGAAAUUAUUCAUAUGUGGCACUAUAAGAGUUCUUGCAGCUUGGUUAGCACAAGAAACUGCAGCAAUGAGGCCUCAAAUUUAUCAACUGCUUCCAUUUAUCCUUGACUUAGCAAAUGAAACUUUCUAUGCUUAUAGAGAUCGUAGGGUAGCUGAAAAAGCAGGCAAGCCAGGGGAAAAUAAUAUACUAAGUAAUAUUGAUUUGCUCAGAGUUAUGUUACCUGCUCUUUGUCACUUAGCUGUUGAAGAUGAAGCAAGAAAGUUAAUGUUGAAAAUUAAGGAAGAGAAAGUUUUAUUAGAUGUGUUAAAGUUCCAUUGGACCAUAGUACAUUAUAAAAGACCUCCUGUCCCUAGAGCUGAGAGAUUAAAAUACUUAAACCAACCUCAACCUGAGUUAACUCCUGAUAUUUUGGAGGAUAUGAAAGACUCUAGGACAGCUAUGAUUAGUACUUGCAAUUUAUUAAUGAAUUUAACCGUAUUGGAGGCUAAAUAUGUAGAAGAAUCAGAAGCAUGUAAUGAAUUACUGAAAUUUGUAUUUGAAAAUUUACCUGAAUUGAAAGAUAUACCUGAAAACUUAGUUCUCCAUGGAAAUAUGGCUAUUUUGGGAUUACUGUUACUUAAACAACUAUCAAAUAAAGUGAAGAAGAAUGAUUUUUCAAUAUGUAGGUACAUUCAAGCUACUAUCAGAUUUUUGUGGGAUGCUUAUAUUAUUGAUGAAUCUAAUGAUCCUACUGCUCUCGUGGUUUCAAUGGCAUAUAAAGAACACUGGAUGGAAAUUAUGGAAUUAUGGUUUUUGGGUAUGCAGACUUUAGCUGGAGUAAUUUCUGUUAUUCCUUGGAUAUCUGAAUUUGCAAUUGAAAGUGGAUGGGCCGAGGGAAUUAUCCAACUUUUGAAAAAAGUUAAAAUCGGUACAUUACCUCCAAAUGUCAAAUCUGCAUUUGAGGAUUUCCUGUGCCAUUUGGUGGAUGCCAAUGAUAAUGUGAUAGAGGUUCUGAAGAAGGCAGAAGCUUUGAGGGUUUGUAGAAAUCAUAGAUUAAUGGAUUUGGGUAAAAAACUAUUUGGUGAUUAAUUCCUUGUUAUUAUUAUAAAUGUAUAUAAAAAUAGUAUGUAAAAGUAAUGGAUUAUAUAUAACAAUUUAAUGGCAGUAAUGCUUAUUAUAAUAUGUCAUUCAUUUUCUAUAAAUAAUUGAAAAAUUAUUCAAAUCUAUGCAGUGGGGGAUUUACAGAUUUGUCUCCUAUACUAACAACUGAAAUUAAAUGGCUUAUUUCACAAAUAUGACACAAACUAUAAUAAUUUUUUAUCAAUAAAAUUUGAACUUUAUAAUUUAAAAACUAAGAUUCCUUUCAAGAUCCUUGCUUAUUGCCAUGGCAAAUAAUUGUUAAAAGACAUAAUUUCCAUUACACUCACAGUUAAACAACAAUAAAAUAAAUAUUUUUUAGUUAUCUGUUAGUAUUCCAGCUUAAUUAUAAAAAAAUUACAAUACGUUUUUGUAGGAUUCUGAAUUUGGAAAAUCAUGAUCACAAUAGUAUAUUUAGAACUAUUUCAUUUAGAAACGUUCAAGUACUCAGUAUACUGCAUAUAAUACUAUAUUUCAAUUUUUAUUAAAUUAAUUUUAUCUGUAAAACUCGUCUUCUCAGAGUGAUUAAUAUAUAUAUUUUUCAUUUUGCAAGUCGAAAAUCGAAAAUUUAUUAAUAAAAUUUGCCAAUCCUCGAAAUCUGCCACCCUAGUCCACAGCAGUCUUCUCAGCCUGCUGGUAAAUCCACCACUGACUUUUUUAUAAUGUUAUGAUAAAUUGUUUUAAAAAUAUCUUGUUUCCAAUCUAUAUAACUUGGAUUAAUAAUAAGUUCAUUCUUCCAUAUAUGUAAUAACAAAAAAUUUGUUUGGUGUCCCAUUAAGUAAUAAAGAAUAUUUGCUUAGGGAGUAUUGGAUUAUCUGUUUUUUAAUAAAAUAAAAAAUAUAGUAUCAAACAAAUUUUAAAAUAUAUGAGUGUUUCCAUCAUAUUAUCUCUAACAAGAACAAACACAAGUAGAUCUUUCAAUUUUAGUUCAGUUAGGAUUUUAUAAUUAAACUUUAAAUAGUGAAUUUCUACCAAUGAAUUAUAUAUUACUCAUUCUAACUAUAUUUUCUGAAAACUGCUGGGUAUGUUUAUUUCUGAAAAAACUAGUUAUAAGAACCUAUCACAAAGCUUUAAAUAUAAUUUUGAUUUAAGUAAUAAAAGUUUAUGAAACAUCAAUUAUCAAUAUUGAUGGGUUUUAAUGUUAAACUUGUGUAAGUGGUAAAGUCAUAGUCAACAAGAGAGUGAUUUUGAUUGACUGAUUUGGCCGAAAUUACCAUCUUUUCAGAAUGUACUGAUAUAUUUCUUAUUGUUGCUAUUGAUUUGUGUAUAUUCUUUAAUUUUAUGAUUUGCACUAUGUAAUAUUAUGAAGCUAGGUUUUUUACAAUUAAAAUCCCUUUAUUGUUAUUUCUUCUUGUAUUGAAAACAGUAUCUAUUAUUUAUUUAAUUACUUAUAAGUUUUGUUCUUUUAUACUAUAUAUUAGCGACUCGCCGUCUACAAGAAAAUAUCCCAAAUUUAUUGUUAAUCAUAGAUCCCAACAUAAGUUAUGUUUACUAGCAUUAUGUAAAUUAUUUAAAGCAUCAGCUUGUUUUGUGUUUUCUGUGUUUUAAAUGAAUGAAUUAUAUACAUAUUUUCUUUUAUGGCUUUGACAUCUAUUUCAUUUGGCUUUCGACUCUUCUUCUUAUCUUAAGAGUGAGGCCAGUCAUUAUUUUAUUUCCCAAAUCUAUACUUAAAUUGUUUUUCUUAUGUAUUAUACUUUAUACUAUUUUUAUAAACAUAUUAGCGCCUAGUGUGUGCUGAAGACAUUGUAUUUUGAUUAAAAUUUUGAAAGUGUAAAGUUUGCAUUUGUUUUUUGUAUUAAUAUAGAUUUUGUAACAUUUUUAUAAUGUAUGGAAUCAAAUAAAAUUGCAUUCAACACUGUAA